AUGACUCGGUAUCGUGGACCUCCCACAUUCCGUAUAAGAACUUUCAGCGCGUACACCAAAGAUCAAGGUGCCACCUACGUGCAGGCACGCUCAGCUUAUCACUCCAAUUUGUUCAAGCGGAUCGUCGAUCACCAUGUGUCGACCGGGGGACAGCUCGGUACCCUUGUCGAUGUUGGCUGCGGACCAGGGACCGCAAUUCGAACCCUGGCCCCCCGCUUCGACUACGCUAUUGGGUUGGACGCCUCCGAGGGUAUGAUCGCUACUGCUAGACAACUGGGUGGCACUUCAGCCAACAAUCAACCCAUUCGGUUCGAAUCUUCGUCCGCCGAGGACCUGGGAGCGGACACAAACAUGAUUCCCAACGGUACCGUGGACCUGAUCAUCGCGGCCACUGCGGCGCAUUGGUUCGACAUGAGCCGAUUUUGGCCUCGCGCGGCCGAGUUGCUGCGACCAGGCGGCACGCAAGCAAUCAACCUGGACACGCUCGAAGCAGUCAUCAGAGCCGCUAGCCCGGUGACGCGAUGGCGACAGGCUCAUCCCGACCAAGCUGGGACAGAAAAGGAUGUGGUCAAGAUGAUCCGAGGGCAAAUUGCCCGUCUGCUGUAUGAGGCUGGAGUGUUACCAGGCGAGGAAAGAGUCAAAGUGAGAGUCACAGAGCGUCUUGUUGAUGGUGAAGCGGGUUGA